AUGCACUUUCCCAAGCUGAGUCCGCUGCAAUGUCGCUUCACCGUGUCGCUGGCGGCAUCGCUCAUUGUCCUGUCCGUCUAUCUUUUCCUGUGGAAUCCGCACUUGGCCUAUGCCGCUGAGAUAGAGACUCCGAGCCCUGCCUCCCCGCUCAUCAUACUGGACCACUACGCCCUCGACUUGACAGACGACCUGGAAGACCCACAAGAUGUCGAUGACGACCAAGAUGCACAACAUGCAAAAAGAGCUGUGGGAGAUGUAGUGACGUUAGGUGGAAGCAACGUGCCGGGCCUGCUUAACAUCGAGGCGGGCAACACGACCAUCUGGCACUUCAGCAAUGCUUCGCUCUGGGCUCCCUACGCAAAUCUCACCGACGGCCUCCCAAGCAGCAUCGAUGAUGGCGACACGGGUGACUCUGGCACCAUCUACAAGCGCCAAAAUCCCUCGACCCGCCUAGUCUACAUCUCCGUCACGACUUGUCUACAACCACAGUGGAAUGGCUCUACAAACCAGACGACUACUCCACCUCAGCUUACUCUCUACGUCUCUAACGCUACAUCGAACAAAGAGCCCGGCCCCAACGCUCCUGCCAACCGCCAAGUGGCCAUCACGCUCAAUGAGGGUUUCGCCAAUUACUCAAUGAAUGCUACCACAGACAUUUACAUGUCCGUCCACGCCCCCGAAGUGCCCGCAAACUUCUCUGGCAUCUGGAACUACGAGAUCGCCGCCUCCAUUGACAACUACUAUCACGGCGCCCACCCCGAUUCGCCCUUCCUCUAUCUUGUCGACACAGACACCCACGCCGCUCUCCUCGUUACAAACAACUUGACUCAGGCCAAUCCCAACGAAACCACCUACCAACAAUGGAUGAACCUCACCUCGCCCUUCACCGUUUUUGUCCAGCCCACCCUCGACAGAAGCCUGGAUGGUAUGAGGAAUAGUUACUGUGGCAUGACCCAUGCCAGCAUCAACAAUGCUUCAAGCUCGGUUCAGUCAGGCAUGAUCACCCGCGGUUUGGGCCACAAGCCCAAGGAGCAGUUCUACAUCCAGGAACUGAAUGGUAGCACCUCGUACUUUGGUGUUCUGGCCAUGGAAGGUAAUUCCACAAAGACCGGCAGUGGCGUCGUCGGUGGUGGAGGUCAAGUCUGGCAGCCUGUCAGCUUCAAAACAAAGUCGGACAAUAACUGUGCACUCGUCUUCAACCUGACUUUCUGCCACGAUGUUGCUUACGCCGUGCCCAGCAAUCAGGACAGAUAUCCGGAUCAACCCUCUCUGAGCGCUGUCUACGACUCGUACGCGGCUGGACUGUAUGAGAACUUUGCCAAAUCGCUGGACCAGAUUCCUUGCAACACAACUUUAUCGGCACAGUACUCACCUGCCAAAAACUGCGACGACUGCGCCGAUGCUUACAAGCAAUGGCUUUGUGCCGUCACCAUGCCACGCUGCGAGGACUUUUCCUCCCCUCUGCCAUGGCUACAGCCUCGCAACAUGGGUCAAAAGCCAAUCAAUUCGUCUUCUUCUUCCAUCGGCAGCAUGCCCAAUCCAGACAUGUUCCAGCAAGUUCAGGGCCAGCUAGACCAACAAUACAUCCCCAUGACCUCUGCCCCUAGCGACAGCGACGCCUUCCGCCAGACCUAUGGGUCCGUGAGCGCAACCAACAGCUCCCGCAACCCGAGCAUCAUCGUUGACCAGAUUGCCCCUGGGCCCUACAAGGAAGUCAAGCCUUGCGAGGAUCUAUGUUUCAGUCUUGUCCGCAGCUGUCCUGCUGCUUUGGGAUUCGGCUGUCCAGAUCCAGGCAGAGGGCUUGAAGUCGACUAUGGACAGAGAAGUGAUGAUGGACAGGUCACUUGCAGUUACCUUGGUGCGGUGUAUUAUUUGAAUGCCGCACCUACUGUCAGUGGUACUUCUUCGCUGGCUGUUGCGGUUGCUGUUGUGUUGUCGUUGUGGAUAUUGGGUUGA